ACCAAGGAAACGGCGGUCCACACAGCGCUGCCUGUAACACGAGAUUUUUCCCAUCGUUAAUGUCGAGGGUAUUUAAAGUUAAACUUUUUAAUGAAACAAAAUCUUUGUUAAAGCAUACACUGCGGACGACUGUAAAUGUAUUAUCCAAUUGUGGACGCAUGCUGACGGGCAGUUAUACAGCGUUUGUGUAAGAGGAGACAACUAUAACAUACGAUUUCAAGUUUGUUAACACCGUCCCUCUAAAUGAAUAUAAUGUCUGAACAAAGUGAUAGCUGUAAGGAUAACGAGCUACAUGCAGCUGGCAUCAUUAAAAACGCCAUUCAGAAGACUUCUUCGUCGUCAUUGGAUUUAAGCAAAAAAAGACUUCAGAUGCUUACUGAUGAUAUAUAUCAAGCUUCGAGAAUCGAAAAUCUAUACCUUGAAGGAAAUGAACUCUUGAGUGUACCAGAUGACUUCUUUUCUAAAAUGCCUAAUCUUUUAUGGCUGGACCUAAGGAAUAAUAACCUCACUUCUCUUCCAGCAUCCAUAGGACAGCAUUGCUGUCUGAAAACAUUAUUGUUGGAAGGGAACCCUAUUCAGAAACUACCAAUGGAACUAGGUAAUUUGUACACACUUACAGCACUGAAUCUGAGGAAUUGUCCAAUUGAAUUUCCUCCUGAAGAAGUUGUAAAGGAUGGAUUGCAGUGUAUUCUUAAAUUCUUAAGGAAUGAAAUGAAACAAAUAUCUGUGAAUACAAUAAUGCCAAAGGAAGAAAUUCCUGAAAUUGAGAAGCUCAAACUAAGUGAAUUGGAAAAUUCUAAUUUAGCGGUUUCAGAUGAAUGGCCUAAUGAAGAAGAAUUGCUGAAGUUUAAAACCCUCAAGGAACAGAUGAUGCAAGAUGAAGAAGAUAUGAGAAACUGGGUGUUUCCUCAGCUGACUCCCACUGUGAAUAUGCCUCUGAUGAAUAUAAAAGACAACAGAAAAACAAAAACAAUAAAUGUUACAAGAAAAAAUGGAUUUCUUAAGAGAACCCCAGAACUACAUGUUGCAGAUUUGCACAAUAAUGGCAAAACAGAGGAAAAGCUAGCAAUAUUAAAUGAAGAAAAAAAAAUGCAAGAAUUACUUGAACAGCGGAAAAAAGACCAUGACACUUUGAAGGAAUGGAGAGAGAAAACAAAAAACUUGCAAGAGAAAAAGCAAAGAGAACAGGGGUUUUUGUUUAUAGAUCCAGUUAAACGAGAUAAGGUUCCACAAAGUGCACCAUAUGCAACAGAUCCUGCCUUUUACUGCAUUACCAACAGUCAAGAACAUUCAAAUCAAAAAAUACAUGAACAAAAAGGAAAACAACAGAAUAUUACAAACAUCAAAGAAGCUGAGGAUAUAAGGGUUGCCCGAGAUAAAGAGUUAGAGAAUCGAAUUAGGUCUCAUAUCCAGAUGUUGCAGGAAAGAAGAAGGAAACCAAAAGGAACAUCUCAGGAGGAAAUUGCUGCUAUAAGAAAAGAAAUGGAAGCUGCUGAGAAACUUAAAUCAGACCUUCUUCAGAGAAAAAUUGAGAGUGACAUUCCACUUCAUUAUCUUUUUACCACUUUUACUGGAGAACAUUUACCAAGAAAUGCAUCUUACUAACAAUAUGAUAUUUUGUUUGAAAAUAUUUUAAGAAAAUAAUGUGUGAAUUUUUCAACUGCCUUUAUCAUUCUUGUUACUAAAAACUACUUGUAGCAUAUGGAAUCAGAAAAAUUCACAUUUUAUGAAUGUCAAUUUAUUUCAGAAAUUAUGUUACUGCUUUAUUUAGCUUGAGGAUUAUUGUGA